CUGUCCCUACGAUUCCCUGACGGUUUAUGAUGUAGCCAGCAGACAGUCGCCUGUCCUCAGUAAGUUUUGCGGUGAACACAGUGCUGUGACUUUCUACUCCUCAGGAGAGAACCUGUUUAUGGAGUUUAUAACCAGGGCCGGGAGGAUGGGGGCUGUAGCUGAUCCGUACCAUACCAACGUAGAUUAUAAAUUCACCAGGAGAGGCUUCAAUGUCUCUUUUCAUUUUAUAAAAGAUAUUGUAAAAUUAGAUAAGCCAAUGGAGUCUCAGAAUAUGUAUCAUAUCAAAGGGACUGCUUGUGAUAUGCGGAUAAUCAGCAAUAAUUCUAGAAACGGAACUAUAAAGUCACCUGGCUACCCAAGAAAAUUUCCUGUCAAUAUUACCUGUGUUUACUAUAUUGAUGGUCUGUACAACCAAGAAAGACUAGAAAAAGUUAAAAUCAAAUUCACCGAUUUCUCCAUUCCUGGCAGUAUGCCAGAUUGUAAUUUUGGCUAUGUAGCUGUGGAUGAGGAGGGUAGAGAAGACACCAGGGUGUUCAAAGAACGUUACUGUGGACCAUAUUUCCCCCCGACACCAGCAGCAAAAGGUCACGAUUAGUCCUAAUAUUCAACACUGAUAAUGCUCGUGAAGGCAGAGGAUUUAGUGCUUACUAUGAGUUCA